AUGCCCGUCCCCGCACCUGAACUCGGCUCCUUCAACUUCGUUCCCGAGACGAAGGAAAAUCUGGACUGGGCGGACCUCAUCACGCUCGACUUCAGCCUCCUCGCUACACCUGAAGGCAAGAAAGAGCUCGCUCAGACCCUUCUGAAGGCCGUGCGAGAGGAUGGGUUCUUCUACGUGAAGAACUUCAACAUCUCCCAGGAGCGUGUGAACCGCCAGUUCUCACUCGGCAAGCGUUUUUACGAGCUCCCACGUGAGGAGAAGCUCAAAUACGUUCCGGAGGGCUUGGAACAGGGUCAGUUCAACGGCUACGUGCCUUCUGGACGUCGAGUUCUUGAGCCAGUGUCCGGACUGAGGGACCACACGGAGAUCUACAACAUCCCCAAGUUUGAUGGUUUCUUCAAGCACGACCACCCCCAGAUCAUUGAGGACUUCCUCCCUGAGAUCGAGGAGUUUGCUAAGUCUCUCCACACCGAGGUUCUGGACCACCUCCAUGACCUGCUAGCCGUCGCGCUCGAACUCCCCGAGGACUACUUCCUCAACCUUCACAAGUAUGAGAAGAAGAGCGAGGAUCACCUCCGUUACAUGAAGUACACUAAGUACACACCCGAGGAGAACCUUAAGCUCGGCAGGCUCUGGGGCCGUGGACACACUGAUCUCGGCUCGUGGACGCUGCUCUUCCGUCAGCCCGUCUCUGCGCUUCAAAUCAAGAACCACACGACCGGCGAGUGGAAGUGGGUCAAGCCACAGGACGCUACGAUCACCGUCAACGCCUGCGAUGCACUCUCGUUCUUGACUGGCGGCUACGUCAAGAGCACGAUCCACAGGGUGGCUGCUCCCCCGAAGGAUCAAGAGCACGUCGACCGUCUCGGCCUUCUGUACUUCUCGCGCCCGAACAACGACGUCGUCCUCUCGACCGUCAAGGAGUCGCCCGUCCUCCAGCGCGCGGACAGCACGCAGAACGAGUUCGAGAAGAGCGGAAACCACGUCCCGACGAUGGAAGAGUGGACGUUUGCGAAGCAGAAGUGGCAGCGCACCUAUGGCGCCGUGCGUGGGGACCCGAAGUUCGAGACGGCGCAGAUCCUGCCGGGGUGGAAUGAGAAGGUGUACGAUCGCGUGCCGCCCCCGGUGCGGGCCGCGGCGUGA